CUUGGGCGAACUUGGGGGUCUUGCGAAGCAGGAAAUGGUGUCAGGAACAGCUCCUCCUACCCCAAGUGCCCAGCAUUCGGUUCCAAAUUGCGAAGCCACAACAACACGCUACACCAACUCGCCGUCGACUGCAGCUUCGCUUAUUGGAACGGCCACAAGAUGACCGCGCUGUUCAACUUCACGAGCCUCCUGCUUGUCAUCCUCCUUCUCAUCUGCACCUGCGCCUAUGUCCAUCAGCUCUUCCCCGCCAUCCUCGACCGGAAUAAGACAGGAAUUACGGGCACUUUCUGGAAGUGCGCUCGAAUAGGGGAAAGGCUGAGUCCCUACAUUAGCUUGUGUUGCGGGUUUAUGGCGAUUUCCAUCUUUCUGGGCAUGUAAGGGGACUUUCGAUAUCACGAGGCGGAGGCCACCGCCACCGCAAACUUUGCGAGGAGUUUGGGA